AUAUGGCCUCUAACCCGAUCCAGAGUCGGACUCAAAAUCACGUUUCUUACACUGUCUUCACUCCUCUCGGCUUCUACGAACGAGGAAACGUACACUCGACGCGCGCUCCAGUCUACACCAUUACCAGAUUCAACAGCCAGCUUCCCGCAUCUCCUCGAUCCACCUCCUCCGCCGCCGCCGUAUCCGAUCUCUCCGGCCACUGUUCGAUCGGGAACCCGAGCACUUCGAGGACUCCAGUUGGUGCCAUCGCCUGCUGUCGGCGCAGGGUGCGGAAUCUGUGAGGAACCGACAGGCAUGCAGGUCCUGUGAGCUGGAACCACUCGUCCCCUCCCUCCGGGGCGCGCGUGAUGAUCGAAGAUGAUGUGCAGGUCGAAGAUGAAAUGGCUCGCGCUGUUAGUGCUCAUCAUGUCCGUCGCGUUCCUCCUGGUGCACCUCUCCAUCGCCAAAUCGAGUGUCGGUUUGGUGCAGUACAGCGCCAGGGCGGGCUUAAGCGACGAAUUCGCCGGCAUGCCGGGGACGCGAAUUCCCAGGAAUAAGAGGCUGUGGGGACCCGUGAAGCCUUUGGAGUCUUUGCAGCCUUAUGCCAAUCCUCGAGGAAGUUUUCCCGUCCCUAAUGAACGAUAUGGUCAUUUCAUAUAUGCAAAGGUUUUUGGUGGGUUUGAGAAGAUACGGCCAUCAAUCUGUGAUCUUGUCGCCAUAUCUAGGCUUCUAAAUGCUACACUUGUCAUUCCAGAAAUCCAACAAUCUACUCGUUCAAAAGGCAUAAGUGACAAGUUCAAGAGUUUUUCGUAUCUCUACAAUGAGGAGCAGUUCAUAAAUUAUCUGAAGAAUGAUGUCACUGUUGUCAAGAGCUUGCCAGCACAUUUGAGGGCAGCUAGAAGAAGGAAUGAGUUUCCUACUUUUAAGCCGACAAGUUCUGCUUCUCCUAAUUAUUACAUUAAGGAAGUCUUACCCAAGCUAAAGAAUGCUAAGGUUAUUGGGCUGGUCCUUGCUGAUGGAGGAGGCCUGCAGUCAAUCCUUCCAAGAAACAUGGAUGAGCUCCAGAGGCUGAGAUGCAGAGUGGCCUUCCAUGCACUCCAAUUUCGCCCAGAGAUUCAGGCUCUUGGGCGGAGAAUGGUUGAGAGGUUACGAGCAUGGGGUCGACCUUACCUUGCUUUUCAUCCAGGCUUAGUCAGAGAAACCUUAGCAUAUCAUGGUUGUGCAGAACUUUUUCAGGAUGUCCAUACCGAGCUCAUCCAAUAUCGGAGGGCACAGAUGAUCAAGAAAGGGAUUAUCAAUGAAGAAUUGGGCAUAGACUCACGUGUACAGAAAAGAAAAGGGUUAUGUCCACUUAUGCCGGAAGAGGUUGGCAUCAUCCUACGAGGAAUGGGCUAUCCACCUAAGACCAUUAUUUACCUUGCUGGUUCUGAAAUUUUCGGUGGACAACGCAUUUUAAUCCCCCUUCGUGCCAUGUUCCCCAAUCUGGUGGACCGCACUUCUUUAUGCAGCACAGAAGAAUUAGCUGAAUUGAUUGGACUGGAAAGCCCUCUUGCUGAGGAUGCAUUUCAAUUUCCUCCACGUAAAAGUGAGAAAGAGCUGAAGGAAGAAUGGCAGAAGGCUGGUCCGCGGCCAAGGCCUCUUCCUCCUCCUCCAGAUAGACCAAUCUAUCAACAUGAGAAAGAAGGCUGGUAUGGUUGGAUUGGUGAAAGAGACAGAGAGCCAGAUCCUUCACCUUUCAACCUGAGGAUGGAAGCACAUAGGCUACUGUGGGAUGCCCUCGACUUCAUCGUCUCCGUGGAAGCAGAUGCAUUUUUCCCUGGCUUCCACAAUGAUGGCAGCGGAUGGCCAGAUUUCUCAAGCUUGGUUAUGGGUCAGAGGCUUUAUGAAAGUGCAUCUUCCAGAACUUAUCGUCCCGACAGGAAAGCUCUCGUGGAAUAUCUUAACAGCACAUAUGAUAGCAUGUAUGUUUUGAGGCGUAACUGGACACAUCUGGUACAAGAGCAUCUCAACAAGAGCUUGGAAAUUGAAGGUCUUGUGCGGCAAUCCCAAUUUUCAAAACCGACCUCCUUCCUUUCACACCCACUUCCUGAAUGCUCCUGUAGAAUCGGCCGUCCUGAGGCCAUGGAUCUCGUCAAAGGCAAGGAUGGGCAUGUUCAUUUUGGCGGAGAAGAUGUCUGUCCCACGUGGAUGGUGCAUGGUCAGGACGUUGUUCUCGACUCGAAAGUGACUAAGGAUGAAAACGAUGAUGAAAGUGGAUGGGAGGAAUAUGAGAGUAAUCUAGCUGAACAGGCUGAAUUCGGUAAAAACAGCAGGAAUACCAAUUUUACCCUCCCCUUUGAUCAGGAUGAGGAAAUGGAUCCGAAUGACUAGAACCACUGCAAAUCAAGAGGCAGCACCUGCAUUCGGUUUCUCUGCAUUUUUUCACUGGAGAUCUUUCAGAUAGAGAUUAACACAGUAUUCAGGUUUCUCUCAUUUUUAUUUUAUUUUCUUCUGCCUAGCAUACACGAGGAACAAGUGCUAUAGUCAAAUUUUCGGGUGUAGAUUCAUGGUAAAGUACUAACCGCACAAACAGAUCAUAUUUGUUUUGGGCAACACUAACUUUCAGUCCUCAGCUGUGGGGCAUGCACCAGUGCAAUACGAGGCGGGAACUGCACGAAGCAGUUGGAUGGGGCUGCACUAAGUCCGGCAAUGGCUGUGAAAGGAUCUCCAACAGGUUUAUAGUUUUUUCAUUAUUUAUCGGAUAGGAAGGGGAAACUCUGUUAUGGAUAGGAAGACACAGAUUUUUUGUUCUUUUGAGUUAUUUCACAUGUACCGAACCUGAUGGCUUUAUUCGACUCGUCACCUAAAUAUAGCAUUUCAUUCAUUUUGGCUUAA